CAGAGAUCACGUUGCGUUCAGCUGUGCUUUCUCCCCAGCAUGAAGGUGGCAGUGAUUGGCGCAGGGGUCUCUGGUCUGACCAGCAUCAAAGCCUGUUUGGAUGAAGGUCUGAAGCCCACCUGCUUUGAGAGCAGCCAUGACAUUAGAGGUCUUUGGAGAUUUAAGGAGAAGCCAGAGCCUGGACGUGCCAACAUCUAUGAGUCGGUGGUCAUCAACAGCUCCAAAGAGAAGAUGGCCUUCAGUGACUUCCCUCCUCCAGCUGAACUCCCCAACAACAUGCACCACUCUGAAGUGCUGCAGUACAUCCGCUUCUACGCUCAGGCCUUCAACCUGCUGCAGCACAUAUGCUUUAAGACGGCUGUGGUGAGUGUGAGGCAGACUCCAGAUUUUGCUACGACAGGCCGGUGGGAGGAGGAGACGGAGAGUAGAGAGGGGCUGAGGGAGACUUGUGUUUUCGACGCAGUGAUAGUUUGUUCAGGACACUUCACCCAUCCUCACCUGCCACUCAGCGACUUCCCAGGUAUUGAGAGCUUUGAAGGCAGGUAUUUACACAGUUGGGAUUAUUGUAAUGCUGAGGGUCUGCAGGGGAAAAGAGUGGUGGUGAUCGGGAUUGGAAACUCAGGAGGUGAUAUUGCUGUAGACAUCAGUAGAGUUGCUGAGAAGGUGUACCUCAGUACCAGGAGUGGAGCGUGGGUUGUCGGUUGUUCGGGAGGGGGGGGCCUUCCAGCCGACAUCGUUGGGACUUCACGACUGGAUAUGAUGAUACAGAAGCUCUUCCCCUCGUGGGUCAGCAGGAUGGUGGAGAAGAAACUGGAUGAAGCAUAUGACCACAAACUAUACGGUCUGAAACCAAAACAUAGGUGGAUGUAGUGGUGUUUGCCACAGGGUACAACUACAGCUUUCCCUUCCUGCUCUCAGCUCUGCAGGCUAAAUCUGGUUACCGGCUGCGUCUUUACAAACAUGUGUUUCCUCCGGCUCUGAGCCAGCCUACUCUGG